AUGAAGUCUCCGAUAGCUCCCAUUCUUCUCGAGCCCCAUCUCGGCGAACUUCCAGGAAGUUCACGAAGGGUUUCUCGCAACGAUGCGGCUACCGGAGCAUCUGCCGCAGGCGUUCGUGCUCUCAGUGCACAGAUGGUGGCCUUCUAUUUUAGGGCCCCGAUCAAAGCUUUCUUUCGUAUGCGUGUCGAGUAUGUAGCAUUUGCAAGAGCUGUGAACCCCCGUGUCGCUGAAGGCAAAUGGUCUCUGCAUACAACAACCCCGGGAUUAUUGCUCCACGCCGUUCAGACAUAUGGCUGGCGGUUCAUCCCGAAUCAAGUGCUCCCACCCUUGAUGGCAAAUGCAGGAGUUGGUGCUGUUCUCUACACGUCCUAUCUCCAGGUUUUAGGGGCCCUACAUGAACCUGUGUCCCAAGGGGUCAAGCGAGUCUGGCCUCCGGCUCCUCCUUCUGCAACAUUCGCAGCUGGAUUCACUGCCGGCACAAUCCAGUCGAUUGUAGCCGCACCUCUGGACGCGUUACAGGUUCGCUUCCAAACCAGUGACAUGCUGGAGGGUCAGUACCGGAGUAUGUGGCAUUAUGGUCACCAUAAGCUCAAACAGAUUGGUCUUCGAGGGGUCUUUGCAGGCUGGAGCCUGUCUUUUAUGCGUGAUUCACUCGGCUAUGCUGUGUUCUUCUCCUCGUUCGAAUACAUCAAGUCACAGUCCUACUAUUCCUUCGUCACUUGGUACUAUGGCUCCCUGCAAGUUGAUCAUGUGGACAAGCUUUCAUCGUCCGAGUCUAGCGAUCGCGGGGUACCACUCAUCAAGCCCCACUACGCUUUGGAGCCAUGUUUCCUGAUGAUGGCUGGUGUUAUGGCAUCGAUCGCCCAGCAAACUAUUCAGCAUCCUCUGAGUAGGAUUCAAGACCUCCAUUUGGGUCGAUUGGAAUAUCUGGAUCACCAGGCCAGUUUGAUACCCUCGCGACAGAAGAUGAUCCAAUUAUACUACCACGCCUAUCAAGAGACCUUUAAGAGGUGCAAGCGGAAGGCUGUGCGAGCUGGGGGUUGGCGCUCCUGGUUGUUCCGUGGGUUUAUUGGGAGCUCUCUUCGCCAAGUACCUAGUACUAGUGCCGGCCUGAUCAUUUUUGAAUUGGUGCGCCGACGGUACGCAAAUCCCGCAGACGCUUCCAACGAGAAGGAUAGUCGACGGUCUUCCCACUCGUCUGCUCGCUCGGUCGGGUCUGACUUCUCAACCUGGUCAGACACGGGUGACCUCGCCGAGCAGUUCGCUGAGGCUGAAGAUCCUCUGCAAAUUCACCUUCGCGAUUCCUCAGAUCGACGGCUCUUGCGUCGAAAAGACCGAAGGAAGCAACCCAAACACGUACACUAUUUUUCAAACUUGAGCAACGAGCGUUCUGAGGUCGAUAUUGAAAAGAUCAGAAUACCAAACCCUCCCCCGCGGCAUAUUUCGAGAGUUGAACGUGUUCUGGCCGCCAUAAUGACACCCAGAAAUGAUGCACACGCCCAGAUGCACGGCUUAGUCGGAAAGCCAUUACUUUAUUUCACAAGUGUGUUUGUAUCACUGGGUGUCUUUCUUUUUGGCUAUGACCAGGGUGUAAUGUCUGGCAUCAUAACUGGCUGGUACUUCAAGGAUUACUUCAACCAGCCUUCUCCGGCUACAAUUGGUACUGUGGUUGCAGUUCUCGAAAUCGGUGCAUUCAUAUCCUCUCUCCUUGUGGGACGUGUCGGUGAUGUGAUCGGUCGUCGAAGAACUAUACUCUAUGGUUCUAUUGUGUUUUUCAUUGGCGGUGCUUUUCAAGCAUUUGCCACAGGUAUUCCCAUGAUGAUGGUCGGUCGUGUCAUUGCUGGACUAGGAGUUGGUGCCCUCUCUACCAUUGUGCCAGUCUACCAGUCUGAAAUCUCGCCUCCCCACAACCGUGGGAAGCUCGCAUGCAUCGAAUUCACCGGCAAUAUUGCUGGAUAUGCGACUAGUGUGUGGGUAGACUAUUUCUGUAGCUUUAUCGAUAGCGACUACUCCUGGCGCCUCCCUCUCCUUUUCCAGUGUAUCAUGGGUGCCUUGCUGGGGGCUGGCAGUCUGAUGAUCUGCGAAUCACCUAGGUGGCUUCUUGACAAUGACCACGACGAAGAGGGCAUGGUGGUUAUCGCAAAUCUUUAUGGUGAGGGCGAUCUUCUCAAUGACAAGGCCCGCCAAGAAUAUCGUGAGAUCAAGAUGAACGUCCUCGUCCAGCGACAGGAGGGCGAGCGAUCCUACUCCGACAUGUUCCGCCGGUAUCGCAAACGUGUUUUGAUUGCCAUGUCGGCCCAGGCCCUAGCGCAACUCAACGGGAUUAACGUAAUCUCAUACUAUGCACCUCUCGUGUUUGAACAGGCCGGCUGGGCUGGACGGGAUGCCAUCCUUAUGACCGGAAUCAAUGGCAUUUCAUAUUUGCUAUCUACUAUACCACCGUGGUAUCUCGUGGAUCGCUGGGGUCGGCGACCGAUCUUACUUUCGGGUGCUAUUGCCAUGCUCAUUUCGCUUUCCCUUAUCUCCUACUUUAUUUACAUUGAGAUUCCCGCCACCCCAACCCUGACAGUCAUCUUCGUUAUGCUCUAUAAUGCAGCUUUCGGGGCAUCUUGGGGCCCCAUUCCAUGGUUAUACCCCCCGGAGAUCUUGCCUCUGAGCAUUCGCGCCAAAGGUGCAAGCUUGAGCACCGCUUCAAAUUGGGCAUUCAAUUGGCUCGUGGGUGAAGUGACCCCUGUUCUUCAGCAAGUUAUCAAGUGGCGGUUAUAUCUGGUUCAUGCAUUCUUUUGUGCAUGCAGUUUUGUGCUUGUUUAUUUUUUGUACCCCGAAACCAGUGGGGUUCGCCUCGAGGAUAUGAACAUUCUUUUUGGCGAUGCUUCCACCGCCAUGCCAACACCCGCCACCCAAGGCGAACGCGGGUCGCUAAUGGGUGCUGGUUCACCCGUCCCAUCGCUUGAUCUGCGUCGACAGUAUGGUCAAUUUGGGGCAGAGAGUUCCAUCCCUGGCCUAGAUAUUGACCCGCCAACAUCAAGCCACGAAGGAACUAGCAAACGCGGGCGCUCAGAUUCUCACCAGGGCAGUGUUCGCGGUGAAGGAAUUGGUGGCUGGAUCUCAAGCAUGGUUAGUCGAAACCGAGGAGCGGGUCCCGACGCUACCAGCAGUCAAUAUAGACGUUUGGAGCAAGGAGGAGACGAGCAAUGA